AUGGAAUACAUGGCGGAACGGCAACGGGAUUGCUUCUCACGAUAUGGCUCUUGUGCCAUCAUUCUCUUCCUCUUGCUCAUCGUUGCUGGUGGUGCCGCUUCAUUUAUUGCCGCCGCGACCAAGACCCUCUUGGAUGUGCAGGUUGUUGCCAUUCAAAAUGUUCUGGCCUCUGAACAAGAGAUUAUGCUGGAUCUGCAGGUCGAGGCAGUGAACCCGAACAUCUUCCCGGUCACGAUCGAUGAUACCGAUGUGAACAUCUUUGCCAAGAGCCGAUACGUCGGGACAGAAAGCUCUUGGCAAGAGAAUUCCUCGGACGCAGAACUUUAUCGAACCCCACGGGUGGAGCAGAGUCGUCGCCGGUGGUACUUGUCUCAGCUCGUCCGGUGCCUUGGGGAUACAGAAUGCGUUGAGGAAGCGAUGAAAGGCCACUCAAAGGGACACAGUGAUGGCGGUAUCGACAAAGGCACCGACCCCAUUAGUGAUCCCGAGGGUGAUCCACAAACCAUGCUCUUGGGUCGCGUCUUCCGCUUCGACUCGCCUCUCUCUUUCGAGGCGUCCCCCUGGGGCCAUCUGGUGUCUACAUCAAAGGGCCAGAUUCGGCUCGCUCGACCUGGAAACAAGACCGAAUCAGGCGGCACGGAGCGCUGGGAGCGUGUCCUCCAGCAUCCGUUUGACCUGAUUGUUCGGGGUGUGGUUAAGUACCAACUCCCACUUAGCUCGCGUUUCCAUUCUGCCUCCAUCAGUUCUACUGUUCGAGUUAUUCCCGACGACGACGACGACGCACACAAGCCCGAUAGUCCAGACUCCACGCCUCCUUCCAACGAGACAGUACCGCACCUCUCCCUCGUUAGGAGAACCACUACCCCCUCAUCCUCCAUCCGCCUCAUCGCGGACCCCGAUGCCCAACCCGAGCAUCAACCGGGAGUAUCUCAACGACAGUUUACGGCAUAA